UUGUUAAUCUCAUCAUUUUUAUAUUUUUCACAUUUUAUCUCUAAUAAACGUAAAUCUUUUAUUUUUCACAACUUAAAGAUGGGAUCGCAAAAAGUAGAAAAAUAUUUACAUGACAAAUCAAUUUCCUUGGAUGAUACAAAUAUUGCUGAACAAUUUCAAAAGCUUGAAUCCUUUUAUAUAAACAAUAAUUUUGUUUCGGCAAUUGAUUUGAAUGAGUUUUAUGAUUCUUUUAUCAAGGAUUUUGAACAUCGUAUUCAUCCAUUAAAAUUGAUUCAAUUAAUUAUUCCCAUUGCGGAAAAUAAAUUUAAGAAGGAAGAAAAACAAGCAGCAUUUGAUUUCUUGAAGAAAUUUGAAAAUGUUGUCAAAAACGAUGCAAGAGCUAUGACUCGCCUUAUUUCUGGCGAGAUUCAACUUUAUUUGCUUGAUUUGAAUGAGAAUGGACAAUGCAAAGAAAUGGAUUUAGUCAGGAAUAUGAUUGGAGAAACAGAAGAGCGCUUAAAUCGUCUCUUGGAAGUUGGCCCUGUCUCCGCUGCCUACCAACGUCAAGUCGGUGAUUAUGCAGCUUAUUAUGUUGAAGCUCUUCGCUAUUUGGGAUGUGAGGAUUUGGAAAAUCUGAAAAUGUCAGAAAGGGAAGAAUAUGCUCUUUUGCUUUGUGUUGCUGCACUUUUAGGUGAAGGGGUUUAUAAUUUUGGUGAAUUGCUGGCCCAUCCCAUUUUGGAAGCACUUAUGGGAGGUCCAAAGGAAUGGAUUGUUAAUGCCUUAUAUGCUCUAAAUGCUGGAGAUUGGAAUGAGUUUGAUAAGUUUAAAGGGAAAUUGCAAGAUGAAGCUGUUGACAUCUCGGCAAAUAUGAAAUUAAUUGAAGAAAAAUUACGUUUGCUUUGCCUUAUGGAGCAAAGAAAUCUUUCUUUUGCAAACAUCGCAAAAACGGCACAUUUGGAAGAAGAUCAAGUUGAAUUGCUUGUUAUGAAGGCUUUGGCUAAUGACUUAAUUAAAGGGCAUAUUGAUCAGAUAAGCCAAAUUGUCAAUAUUACUUGGGUACAACCGCGAGCACUUUCUUCUGAACAGAUAACUGCUAUUGAGACACGACUGAAUGAAUGGCGUAUUGAAGUUAAUAAAAAGGAGAAAUUGAUGGAGGAAAAUGCUAGUGACAUUAUUAUUGCUUGUAAAUGA